AUGGCCACUUACACGAAGACCGCCCUGUUUCCUGCGCAGAUCGACUUGAGCCGACACGAGCACAUCACUUCAUUGGAUCGCUUGGGACCAGGAGCUCAGAGGCUGCUGGGUGUCAUUCUGGCCAUCCUGGCGGGGGGCCUCUGCGGAGUUCAAGGCGUGCCUGCCACCCUUUGGGAGGCUUCACACCCGGAGGCUGAAGCCUUUGCGGUCGCCUUGCCUCAGUGUAUUGGAAUUUGGGUAUGUUCCAGUGGAAUCUUGAUCCUCUAUUCCAGUGUGGCCGUGAUUCGAGGGGUGAGGUUGAAGAAGUCCGUCAUCGGCCCCGCCUAUGCCAGCGGUUGCAUCUGGGGCGUGGGCUUCGCUUGUAUGAUGAAGGGCAUUUCUUUCCUGGGUUAUUCCGUGGGGUACACCUUGGACGCUGUCGGACCCAUCCUUGUGUCAAGCCUCCUUUCUGUCUUUGUGUUCAGAGAGAUCACGGCCAAGAAGCCGUUGCUGAUCUACUUCGGCGCCUUCUCCUUGCAACUCGUGGGCGUUUUGCUCAUUGCAUGCUUUGGUGAGCCGAGCUAA